CGACGACGACGACGGCGAGAUGCGCGAGUUCAAGGUGGUGGUCCUCGGCUCGGGCGGGGUGGGCAAGAGUGCGCUCACUGUCCAAUUCGUAUCCGGUUGCUUCAUGGAGAAGUACGAUCCGACGAUCGAGGAUUUCUACCGCAAGGAGAUCGAGGUGGACAACUCGCCAUGUGUCCUCGAGAUCCUCGACACCGCCGGCACCGAGCAGUUCGCGUCAAUGCGCGACUUGUACAUCAAGAACGGUCAGGGUUUCGUCGUAGUAUAUAGCUUGACGAAUCAUCAAACCUUUCAGGAUAUCAAGGCGAUGAAGGAGCUCAUCACGCGCGUCAAGGGUACGGAACGCGUGCCGGUGCUACUUGUGGCGAACAAGCUCGAUCUGGAGCACCAACGGGAGGUCGGCACCGAGGAAGGCCACCAGCUCGCGCAACUCUGGGGCUGUCCGUUCGUCGAGGCAAGCGCCAAGAACCGUACCAACGUCAACGAGAUGUUCGCCGAGAUUGUGCGCGAGAUGAACUUCAGUCCUGAGAAGGAGAAGAAGACCUAUUGCUGUUGCAGCGUCCUCUAAUACUUAAUCAAAAUCGACGUUCGCCCGGAUUAUUUACCCGCGGACCGAACUAAGGAGGAUUCUUUUUACAUCUCUUACCUGGCCUGCUGAGGAACAUGCUAAGGAAAGAUGAUACAGUGUACAGUGGCUUAUGGG